AUGUCGAAAGCAGAAACCCCGCGAGAACAUAAUAAAUCUCAAUCAAAUUCACCAACGCAUUCGAAACCAAACGGCGCAUCACCCACAUCACCCGACAUUAAAUCUAAAAUGAAAGGAAUAUUUGCUCGGCAGGCUCCUCGUACUGAUCCUUUAACACAAGUGGUUGUGUGUAAACGUUUAGCUAAAAUGCCAAUGAUCUUUCUUGCUAAACGUCGACAAAUACGUAAAAUAGGUAUUGAAAAUCUCGAUCAACCGUAUACAGAUGAUAAUGCCGGUCUAAUGGCUACAUUGGUAUCACCGGAGGCAUUUGCAUUUGAACAUGAAGCUGGAACGUUUGAUGAAUACACCCAGAAAUUGGAAGAAGCAUUAACAAUGCUGAGAAAUAUGAAACGUGAAGAGUACGAAAGUCAAACUGCCUUAAAAGUCCUUCGAUUCUUGGAAAAUCUCAUCCAUCAACCCAAAGAAUGGAUAUCAGGAGCAAAGUUAAAACUAUCCGAAAUGAAGUUUCCAGAAACGGCAAUGACAUUCAUGCAUAGUUACAAAGAGAAAGGCUAUUUAGUUCGACGAAUUGUCUUUGUUCAUAGUAUAUUACUCUACAACUCGAUGAGUAAUUUUACCGAUCAUGAAUUUGACAAAGAGGGAUUAAUUCGAAUGCAAGCAGCCGGUGCUGGUUUUAUUGAAUUUGCAUGUGAAAUUCUCAAAGAUCCUUCAUUUCUUGAAUCAUUAAAAAAAUGUUAUGUUAUCGAUGGUCCACCAGAGACGGUGACUAAUGAUGAUUUCAACAAUUAUCAAAAAAUUCUCUAUAUUUGUGAUGCAGCUUUGACAAUUCUCUACAAUAUGGCGAACUUACCCGAAUUAAAAAUUCAUUUUCGCGAGUGCAAUGCCACUAAUAUCAUAGCCGAGUAUACCAAAUUACCCUCAGAUACUGUUGUUGUGCAAACAUCUGAAACCUGUACCGAUGAUGAUUAUAUUACCAGUGUGAAAGAAUUACAAGAUGUUGUCAGUGCAAUCCGUGUGACGUCAAGUUUAUUACUUCCGUUAAUAAUCAAUGAAGAUGAAGAUAAUAUUCUAGCAGCGAAUACAUCAGAUGUGUUACCGUUAUUAUCGGAAAUGAUCCGAAUGUACAAUCAAAAUGGUCAAAGAUUUUACGGAUUUUCGUUUAUUGAAUUAGUUGACGGAUUAUCGAAGUUGAUGGUUCGUGGUCGAACACAUAAGUUUAUUGAUCAGAAUCUUGUCAAUAUUCUUUUGAAUAUUCUGGAAGAUUCAAAUCAAGAUGUUUCUCUUCUUGAAUGUGUUUCUAAUGCAAUAUUGAACGCAUCAUUUGACGAAAAAGUGCAAACAUUUCUUGAUUCGGAACGUGCAAUCGAAAUUAUAACUUCAACGAGAAAUAAUUCUCCAAGUCAAUUGGUGCAAAAGAAUUGUGAAGCUAUUCUCUGGACACUAAAUCGCCUUUCACACCGACGUGUGUCACCAGUGGAAAAAACAAAUAGUUCGAAAGGUCAUAUCAUGAUUUCAUACAAUCGAUCAGUGACAGCAAUGUGCUUAAAGAUCCGUGAUCGCUUAAAGACUUUGAAUUAUACUGUGUGGCUUGACGUUGACAAUAUCAAUGGCGGAGUUUUAGCAUCCAUGGCUGAAGCGCCACGAUUUCGACCAUAUGGAUGGCUUGGAAUUAUAAAGGGAGCAAAGAUUCAUGUUGAUUUCGCCACAUUACCAUUUGAAGAAGCAUUUGCAAUAUUAAUUCGUGAAAUCGAAACGAUCAAACAAGAUGAUUCUUCACUUAGUACAUCUAACGAUGACAAAACCAACCGAGCACUUCAUCAACUACACAGCACGGGCAUCUCAACAACAGAUACUCUCCGUAAUGCUCUCGAACCAAAAGCGAGCACCGAAAUCAAGUUCUCACUCGAACCUCCACGUCAUAUUAGGGAUUGGGAUGUAUCGGCAGUGAAAACGUGGCUUGAAGGAAUCGGGUUAAUGAAUUUGGAACGAGCGUUUGUAAAUAUUGAUGGAAAGUUACUCUGGCGUUUGUACCAAAUGAAACAAACCGCUACUAAUUCGUAUUACAAGUUUUUAGACAAAUAUUUCGAUCGAAUUCAAUUAGCACACAUGAGUGAUACAUUAAAAUUUGACUACGAACUCGAUUUAUUGUUUCAAUAA